CCAUCGAGAUACCCUCACAAAUCUCUAUCUUAGCCGGCAGACCAAUUUCCACUCGGACAGAUAUUUAGAACAUAGGAAACCGGAAAUAUAUAAAGGGAUUCAUUCAUAGCUAGUUCAACAUGGCAGCGACUCUAGACAUCAUCGAUCAUUCCCCUCACCAUCCCGACCCCUCGCCUCCCAUUCCGACCGCCUCGAAUCUGGUCCUCAUAGAUAAUUAUGACUCUUUCACCUGGAAUGUAUACCAAUAUCUUGUCCUCGAAGGUGCCACCGUCACCGUAUACCGGAACGAUCGGAUCACCCUCGAUGAGUUGAUCGCAAAGAAGCCUACCCAACUCGUCGUUAGUCCGGGUCCCGGGCAUCCCAUCAGUGACUCAGGCAUAAGUCGAGACGCUAUUAGACACUUCGCAGGCAAAAUCCCUAUAUUUGGUGUUUGUAUGGGCCAGCAAUGCAUCUUCGACGUCUACGGAGGCGAUGUCAGUUCUGCCGGGGAGAUCCUCCAUGGCAAGACGUCACCAUUGGCCCACGAUUCCAAGGGUGUCUAUGCUGGCAUGGCUCAAGGUCUUCCGGUCACUAGAUACCACUCGCUUGCGGGUACACAUGUUACUCUUCCCGAAAGACUCGAGGUUACCUCCUGGAUACCCAAAGACGAUGGCUCGAAAGGCGUUAUAAUGGGCAUACGUCACAAAGAAUAUACCAUAGAAGGUGUCCAAUUCCAUCCCGAAAGUAUUCUCUCAGCAGAUGGCCGCGUCAUGAUCAAGAACUUCCUUCACAUGCAAGGCGGGACCUGGGCGGAAAAUGAACAGCUUCAAAAAGAAUCACAAGCCGCCAUUGUUAAAAAUAAUAUCGACGAGAGGCCCUCCCCAAUCCCAAUCGCUCCAAAGAAAAACAACAUCCUACAGCAAAUAUACGCCCGUCGGAAGGAAGCCGUAGCAGCCCAAAAAGAGAUCCCGUCUCAACGUCUAUCGGAUCUUGAAGCUGCCUAUGAGUUAAACGCUGCUCCUCCUCAAAUCUCAUUUGUCGACCGCCUUCGCCAAAGCCCAUUCGAUAUCUCUCUCAUGGCUGAGAUUAAGCGAGGGUCACCUUCUAAAGGCAUUUUUGCCCUGGAAAUUGAUGCGCCGUCGCAGGCAAAGAAGUAUGCUCUUGCAGGGGCUAGCGUCAUCUCCGUUCUUACAGAGCCAGACUGGUUCAAAGGCAGUAUCGAAGAUCUACGCGCCGUAAGGCAAGUGCUGGAUAGCAUGCCCAACCGACCAGCUGUGCUUCGGAAGGAGUUCAUCUUUGAGAAAUACCAGAUUCUCGAGGCACGACUUGCUGGUGCUGAUACCGUCCUUUUGAUCGUUAAAAUGCUAGAUGUGGAUCUCCUCACGCGAUUACAUAACUACUCGCUAUCCCUCGGCAUGGAGCCCCUCGUGGAGGUGCAAAACGCAGAAGAGAUGGCAACAGCAGUCAAGCUAGGCUCUAAGGUCAUCGGCGUCAACAAUCGCAAUCUCGAAUCAUUUGAAGUCGACCUUAGCACCACCAGCAGAUUACGCAGCUUGGUGCCCAAGGAGACUAUUAUAUGUGCACUUAGCGGCAUUAAUACUCACGAGGAUGUCAUAGCUAACCAUAAGGAUGGGGUCAACGCCAUCUUGGUUGGUGAAGCUAUCAUGCGUGCCCCAGACGCGUCGCAAUUUAUUCAACAGUUAUGCGCUGGCCAAACUACCGCACAACAAAAACUCAAACCUGAGUCUCUCCUUGUUAAGAUAUGUGGUACACGUACUCCCGAGGGCGCACUGGCAGCUGCUGAGGCCGGCGCGGAUCUAAUCGGCAUGAUCCUCGUACCGGAACGGAGGCGCACCGUAACCGACGACGCCGCAAAGGCCAUCUCCAAAGCCAUCCACGACUUUUCCCGCCCUACCCCCACGCCAUCUUCAAACCCCACCAUCCCAACCAACAUCGCCAGUGACUUCUUCGCUUCGGCGUCACGUAAACUAUCAUCUCGCAGCCGCCCGCUACUAGUCGGCGUAUUUCAAAACCAGUCGCUAGACGAGAUCCUCGAGUUGCAGCAGCGGUACAGUCUCGAUGCUGUACAACUUCACGGUCGCGAACCGGUCGAAUGGGCCCGUGCCAUUCCGGUGCCGGUGCUACGGCGGUUCUCGCCUGGUGAGCCCGGGAUCGGUGCUCGUGGCUAUCAUGCCGUUCCGCUGUUCGACUCCGGGUCCGGUUCCGGACAGUUGCUGGAUGCAGUUGAUAUCAAGGCUGCCCUAGCACGCGAUGCUGAAUUGCGAAUAAUUCUCGCAGGUGGCUUAGGCCCCGAGAACGUCGCAGACGUAGUAAAGGCCGCGGGUGAAGACGGUACGAGGAUCUUAGGUGUUGAUGUGAGCAGUGGUGUCGAGGGUAGUGAUAGCCAGCAGAGUUUAGAUAGGAUACGAGAUUUCGUCAAGACGGCAAAAUCAAUUAGAUAGAAGUUGUGGGUUUAAAAAAGCUAUAGAUGUCACGUCGCAAUGAUGAUGAAUGAUGACGAGAAAGAAGGACGAGUAAUGGAUGGAUUUCAUAAAGCAUCACCAUUGUUAUUUUUAUUGUCAUCAUUGUGACCAUUUGAGAACUAGGAAUCAUAAGCGUAACCUCGUCGAUUCGUAAACCC